AUGCUCCGGCUGCUGAGCGCCCUCCUGCUUGUGGCCCUUGCCUCGGGCUCUGGUCGCCUUUCCCCCCCCUCCAGCCGCGUGGUCAACGGUGAGGACGCGGUCCCCUACAGCUGGCCCUGGCAGGCCAUGGUGAUGUUUGAGCAGGACGGGGCCCUCUACUUCAUCUGUGGCGGGACCCUCAUCGACCCUGACUGGGUUAUGACUGCCGGCCACUGCUUCCCCUACACGGGGACCUACUGGGUGCUGCUGGGCGAGCACGACAUAACUGUCUCCGAGGGACCUGAGCAGUUCAUCCUCGCGGAGAAGAUCAUUGUGCACCCAGACUAUGAUGACAACGACGCGUCCAAGGGCAAUGACAUCGCCCUCCUCAAGCUGUCACACAGCGCCGAGGUGACAGAGGAAGUGCAGCCCGCCUGCCUGGCCCCCCGUGACUACAUCCUGCCCCAUGGGACGGAAUGCUACAUCACUGGCUGGGGCACCACCUCCACUGGCGGGUCAGUCUCAAGUAUUCUACAGCAGGGGCUGCUGCCCGUGGUGGACUACGCACACUGCUCCCAGCCGGACUGGUGGGGCUCCACUGUGAAGGAGAUCCAUGUGUGUGCUGGGGUGGACGAUGUUGCUGGCUGCUUUGGUGACUCCGGGGGACCCCUCAACUGCCCCGCAGCAGAUGGAUCCUGGCAUGUGCACGGUGUGGCCAGCUUCGUCUCCUCCCUCGGUUGCAACACUCCCAAGAAGCCCACGGUGUUCACCCGAGUGUCAGCCUUCAUUGAUUGGAUUGAGGAGCUGUUGGCUCUCAGCCUGCAGAUCUCAUCUCCUCAGAAAGUCCUCUGCUCCCCAAAGAUCCAAAAGAACAGCUCCCACCCGCUCAGCACAGCCUCUGAGGUUCGCCUUGAAAGGACGUGGAAGAGAGGGCUGGCCGCCUGCUGCCUGGACUCGGUGGCCCUGCUGGUGCACUGCGCUCUCCACACGGGGCAGCGGGCACCGGCCGUCAAGUAG